AAAUAUCGAUAACUCGAUUAAGAACAGCUGUUUGCUAAGUGUUGCUAAUUUUGUUAUUAUUCCUAUAAUGUCGGUUUUAGUAAGCGGAGAAGCCUCCGAAUCCGAUGAUGAACUACAGGACAAGCACAAGAUUUUCGCCGCUGAAGUUCCUGGAGAAGCCACAGAGGAGGAGGACGAUGACGAGGAUAUCUAUGAGCAGCGCAGAGGCAAUCAGGUGAACAGCACCACGGCCUCCAUCUACCGAAACAACCUGUUGCAACGGAAACUAAUUGAAAACAACAUUGCCAUUUGGCGAUCUCUCACUGCUUUCACUCGCAGUUUCGUGAUGAAUGCCUCCAAACAGCUGGUGACCACGGACCAGAUGCUCAUAAAAUCCCAGCUUAAUCUGCAGUCUGCACACACCUCCCUGCAGCAGGCCCAAAGGAAUGUCCAGGAACUGCAGGCGAGGAUGGGGGCCGUGAUGACAAGCAGCUUUCUGCCACACAUAAACAACGUCGAGAAAGCUGUCUGACUAAUCUAUCCUUAUAUUUGUAUUUGCCGAGUUAAACGAUCAAAUUAUAUGCUAAUCUUCAGUAUCGGAA